GACAGCAUAAUGUACAUAUUCCAAAGCACAGGAUAAUGAAGGCAAGUAAAUCCACUUGGUGGGAAAAGUACUCCAGAAACAGACCACAGCCCUUUGUACACCAAAGAAUACAUAGAGUCGAGAAACCUUUUGAAUGCUCAAUGUGUGGAAAGAGAUGCAGUGUGAGUGGGAAACUUCAAAACCAUCUGACAACCAACAGAGGGAAGAAACCUUUCAAAUGUUCUGCAUGCAAAAAGAGAUUCAGUCACAGUGGCAGUAUUCAACUGCAUCGAAGAACGCACAAAAGUGAGAAGCCUUCUGAAUGCUCAGAGUGUGGAAAGAGAUUCAGUACCAGUAACUAUCUUCAACGGCAUCAGAGAACCCACACAGGUGAGAAACCUUUUGAAUGCUCAGAGUGUGGAAAGAGAUUCAGUCAGAGUGGCAAUCUUCAACGGCAUCUAAGAAUCCACACAGGUGAGAAACCUUUUGAAUGCUCAGAGUGUGGAAAGAGAUUCAGUCAGAGUGGCCAUCUUCAACAGCAUCAGAGAACCCACACAGGGGAGAAACGAUAUGAAUGCUCAGAGUGUGGAAAGAGAUUCAGUGUGUGGGGGAAUCUUAAAUGCCAUUGGAGAAUCCACACAAGGGAGAAACGUUUUGAAUGCUCAGAGUGUGGAAAGAGAUUCAGUCUGAGUAGCACUCUUCAGAAGCACAAAAGAUCCCACACAGGGGAGAAACGUUUUGAAUGCUCAGAGUGUGGAAAGAGAUUCAGUGAAAGAAGCGAUCUUCAACGGCAUCAUAGAAUCCACACAGGGGAGAAACCUUUUGAAUGUUCAGAGUGUGGAAAGAGAUUCAGUGACAAAAGCUAUCUUCAACGGCAUCAUAGAACCCACACAGGGGAGAAACCUUUUGAAUGCUCAGAGUGUGGAAAGAGAUUCAGUCAUAGUGGCAAUCUUCAACUGCAUCAGAGAACCCACACAGGGGAGAAACCUUUUGAAUGCUCAGAGUGUGGAAAGAGAUUCAUUCAGAGUACCAAUCUUCAACUGCAUCAGAGAACCCACACAGGGGAGAAACCAUUUGAAUGCUCAGACUGUGGAAAGAGAUUCAGUCAGAGUAGUAAUCUUCUCCUACAUCAAAGAACCCACACAGGGGAGAAACCUUUUGAAUGCUCAGAGUGUGGAAAGAGAUUCAGUCACAGUGGCACUCUUCUCCUACAUCAAAGAACCCACACAGGAGAGAAACCUUUUGAAUGCUCAGAGUGUGGAAAGAGAUUCCGUCACAGUUACAGUCUUCACCUGCAUCGAAGAACCCACACAGGGGAGAAACCUUUUGAAUGCUCAGAGUGUGGAAAGGGAUUCCGUCACAGUUGCAGUCUUCAACUGCAUCAAAGAUCCCAUACAGGGGAGAAACCUUUUGAAUGCUCAGAGUGUGGAAAGAGAUUCAGUAGGAGUUACAAUCUUCAGGUGCAUCAAAGAAAUCACACAGGGGAGAAAACUUUUGAAUGCUCAGAGUGUGGAAAGAGAUUCAAUAGGAGUUACAAUCUUCAGGUGCAUCAAAGAACCCACACAGGGGAGAAUCCUUUUGAAUGCUCAGAGUGUGGAAAGAGAUUCAGUCACAGUGGCACUCUUCAGCUACAUCGAAAAAUGCACACAGGGGAGAAACCUUUUGAAUGCUCAGAGUUUGGAAUUAGAUUCAGUACCAAUAAAAACUUAUAAAUUCUCAAAGCGUGGAAAGAGAUUCAGUCAGAGUGACACUCUUUUACUGCAAUGAGGAACACACAGAAGGAGAAAUGAUGUAACUACUUAGCUGAGAAAAGAGCUUUCCUCCUAUUUCACUCAACGUAUACAAACCACUGAAAAGAUGCAAACUGCUGUAAGAAGCUUGAAACUACAGAGAAACCUUACGCUAACCCCCAAGAAAUGUUCAAAAUAGUGUGUGGAAAGAGCUUUAGCCAUGUUCAAAACUUCAGAAUGAUUCCAGAGGGAAGAAAGCAAGGAAUGGCAAAGGGCUCUUCUGGAUGAAGGAGCAGCUGAUCUCUCCUUUAUCAUCAACGGGUCCUCUCAGGGAAGGAACCUUAUCAAUGUUC